AUGACCGAGGCGGCGGCUACCCAACCGCACGUCAACUGGCCCGAAGACCCUAUUUUAAGCGAAUCUACCCCGAAUAGCCCUCUGAUGAAGAAGUCAGAACUGCGAGGAUCAUUGCCACGGAGUCCACCACCCCAAAACUCUUUUCCACCACCCUGCUUUGCCACGGACGACGACGACCUCUAUGACACGCCCAAGGGUCAGAUACACCCCGGGGAUGCCUUUCUCAUCCAGCAUUUGGACAACAAUCGUAAUGCUGCCAUCACUCAGAAUGCGGCUGUGGCACCCCUGCCACUGAUACGUCCGGCAAGUAAUGAAUGUGACAGGGAGCCUUUAUAUCGACGACAACCAACACAACAGACCCCACCUAACGGUUAUUCAAAACCCAAAGAGCAGCCACCCACAAAUCCCAGAAGCCUCGAGCACCUCGCUGCAAACGCAUUAAAAUGUGUUGUGAUAGAACCCCGGGUAAAGCUUGAAUCACCCCUUACCAAGGACAUAUCGACAUCGACGUUUUUUCUAUCGAUCCACGAUAAAGAGGGCGAUCCGGCCAUUUCUGCUCCUAAAAGCUUCUACACGCUUCGGAAAGAGCACGUCAAGAUUGGCAAUCUUUCCUCUCCCCCGGCCAGUUUUGCUCCUAACGGCUUCUCUACGUUCUCUCCCCCGGCCAAUUCUGCUCCAAACGGCUUCUCCACGUUUCGGAAAGAGCACGUCAAGAUCAACAAUCUUUCCUCUCCUCCAGCCACUUCUGCUCCUAACGGCUUCUCCACGUUUCGGAAAGAGCACAUCAAGAUCGACAAUCUUUCCUCUUCCCCAGCCAGUUUUGCUCCUAACGUCUUCUCCACGUCCUCUCCGGCCAAUUCUACUCAUAACAGCUUCUCCACGUUUCGGAAAGAGCACGCCAAGAUUGAUAAUCUUUCCUCUCCUCCAGCCAGUUUUGCUCCUAACGGCUUCUCCACGUCCUCUCCCCCGGCCAAUUUUGCUCCUAACGGCUUCUCCACGUUUCGGAAAGAGCGCAUUAAAAUUGACAAUCUUUCCUCUCCCCCGGCUUUAACUCCUGACAGCGCCGGGUUGCCGCCGUUUUCUCCGAGGAAGACCUCCGAUCCUAAUAACAAGCCAACCAUUCCAUCACUCAGAACGACAUUUGGUGACAUUAACCAAUACCUAACCACCCCAAACCCGCAAAAUGGACCCGGAUCGGCCUCAAGCCCAGGCUUUAUGACAUCGCUACAUCCCCAUCAAGUUCCCGGAUCAGCUAGUAACCACAGCAAGGCACCAAUUUCCCCCCCUGAUAGUUACCAAGCAUCCCCACAGGCUCUCCUUGUUACGGGUUCAUACUUAGCUCCUGUGACAACGCAUAUUCCGAAACAACUUACUGAGCAGGAGGCUAUUGAGGAACUCAAAUUUCGAAAACGUACCUCUACUAUUUCUAUCCCUAUCCCUCUCUCGCCCUCUUCAAUUCCAAAUCACCCACCUCCCUCUGAGGAGACCAUUGCUCCGACAGCUACUUAUAUCUGCACGUUCGCUGGUUGUAAAGCGCCUCCAUUCCAAACGCAAUAUCUUUUAAAUUCUCACGCCAAUGUUCAUUCUUCGGCUCGCCCACACUACUGCCCGGUUCGAGGAUGUCCUCGAAGCGAGGGAGGGAAAGGUUUCAAGCGAAAGAACGAAAUGAUUAGGCAUGGCCUCGUUCACGAUUCCCCCGGAUACGUCUGUCCCUUUUGUCCAGACCGUGAUCACAGAUAUCCACGGCCGGAUAAUCUUCAGAGGUACGUGUGA